UAGCCAUCAAGAUGAUCCAGACCGUUGGGCUGAAUGCGCCGGGGAACAGACCAUCUAACAGGCCACCACCAAGGACUAGGAAAACGCAUGGAAUGAGAAUGCACGAGACGAUCUGAGAGCUUGUGCAUAGCCAGCGACCAGUUUUGCCCAUGGACCAUGCGCCGAGAUCCCCAAACGUUAUGACCGUCGAAGGCGCGAGUAACAUCACCUUGGACAUCGCGAUGGACGCAUAGAUGUUGGCAAAUAUCAUAAAGGACAUGGCAAUGCUUGCGAACACAGGACCGGCACGAGCAAAAUUGCCCGGCAGACCUAACGUUCCAACACCGCAGACGCAACAGAAGAGAUUAAAGGCGAUUUUAAUGUCUUCGCGAGUGAAAAAUGGCAUGCUUAUCGUGGAUAUUGGUCAGUGCAGAGUGUGGAAAUUGUGCUAAUGUCGUAGCUUGAAGGAUGUUGUACCUGAUUCCAGAUUUACAUGGGGUGAUAGAGCCUGUUUGGGUGCCCUGAACCAGUUAUGAUGCCACCGAUCAUGAGACGCACAUUCAAGCCGGCCUAGUUAUAAUAAAUAUUCUGGGCGGCGAGCUUUGUUCAUAAACUGUUGUUCUCGUACUUCAAGAAGUCUUGAGUCAGCUGGAGCUAAAAAUUGCAAGGUCCACCAGAUAAUCAGGCAUCGUGAUACAGCGGUUUGAAAGUGCUCACACGAUGUCCGUCUCCACAACCCAGGUUCUGGCUGAUUAUUAUUCGAAGAAGGUAGCAAGUGAGCCCGGCAAUUAAUAUUAUAAAAACCAUGUUAGAAUAACCAACUUUCAGAUUGCAAUAAUGUUACCAUUCGGCAAUCAAAAUAAAAUUAAUUGAUUAGGUAUCUUGCGCGUAGGUACGGUGGUAACAGCGCUUGUAAUCCUUACAAAGAAGGAGCGAAUACAUGUGUAGAAAAUGUACGCAACAUCCAGAUAAACAAGCGUGCUGCAUGUACUGCCAGGAAGAGGGUGGGGCAUUUCAAUUCUUUAAAGCUACCACGAUCAUAUCAUUUAUUAGCUUAAAGCAACCGCUCGCCAAAAUUAUCAUCGAGAUUACUGUCAUACCGCCGUCCGCCACCAUCGUCUAAAGCCUUGAACAUUGAUACCGCUGCCCCAAUUUGCGUCUAUUCACCCCAUUUUCUAUUCUCCUUUCUGGUCGCGGCCGUCGUAGGUGAUUCAUAUUAUUUGUGUAUUUAGGUUUAAGACUAUGCUGAUGGCGGCCUGUAGUUUUACAACUGUCGCCCUCACAGAGUCUGAAGCCUCGCCAAUACCAGAAGCAGCAGCUGGCCGAACUUUACCAAGAGUCUUUUUUGGUAGAUUAUGUAUGAUUAUCGAUAAAUUGAACAAAAGCUCAUACUUUUUUGUAUUUCCCGUUCAAGGUAUCGUUUAAAUACUUAUUUGUUGCUCAGGUGCCAACUUUAGGUCGUCGCCAUCAAGCUUUUGGUCGUUUUGGCAACGUCCUUUUCUAUGUCUGACUUUGACUUCCUCCAUUGUUUUGUCCAUAUCAAGCAUCCAUUGGCUGUUGCUCUGGAUGUUCGAAUCAAUAUCUUAAAUCCAAAUGGAGCGAAAGUCACCUGAGCAAGCCGAAUGGACCUUACCUCUUUGACCUUAGGUUACACACGUACAGAGAUUUCUUGAGCUCGAGUUGCGUUCUCUUGGCCUUAUCAGCAGAAGCGUUACUCUGUGUUAUGAAUAUGUCAGCUCCAGCUGCUUGAAACCCAGUGACGUCAGAAAUACUAGUGUUCUGUAGAAAAUGUAGCAAGAUUUUGCAAUAUACUUGACGUCUUAUUCAAAAGGCAACUUCAUACUUGAGCUAUCUAUGAAUCAGAACUUACAUAUAAUAUGCUGUACUUCAAAGUGUGGGCGUUACGGCUGUUGCGAUCGUAAUGCACACACUCUUUCUAUGUUCAAAACAGCCUCACAUGUCUCUUCUGGCAUGUUUCUCAGGCGACCGCAUACAUCAUGCGCUCCUAACAGCUGAUGGUAUCUGACACAAAUCGCCGCACUGUUGUGCCCUCAAGCUCCUCUACACUUCGAUGGCCUUGAUGCAGGAUAUUGCGAUCUGAAUUCACGUAACCAUGUGGGAUUGUCGCAAAAUAAAAUGAACAUUUUCAGAGAAGUACAAAUUUUUAAUUCGUGAUAUUAGUAGGUGAUAUCUUCAAGUACUUUCGAAUGUGUACGACGUGAGCCAUAUCUUGACUGCUUUCCAUCAAGUCGGAAGGAAGCAGAAAAUUUGCAAUCGAUUUCUCUGUUUGCUGAGUGCAACCAUAAUGAUGUUUUGCUUGCCAACAUGGUACACACCUGAGUAAUGUCAGUGGUGACAUCGCUGAUGUCGCAGGAAAUGAGCUCGGAAGGAAAGAGGACGAUCAACAUUUGUCGUUGCAAGGUGCGGGGUCGAAGAACCAAGAUCCGAAUAAUCACCAAAUUUACAAUGAUGUGUUUGAUACCAAUAGAGCCACACAACAACAGCAGCACCGCUGGCUUUAGAGCGUGCAAAUGUGUUUUAGUAUCAACUCGGCUGCUAAAAACGAAAAAGAAUUUAGCUGCAGACAGCUAUAAUCGCAAAAGAACUGAAAUGUUAUUAAUAAUAUGCAUGUCCUAAUUCAGAACUGCAAAGCGCGACGCACAGGCGGACUUGGUCGCAAUAGCUCAUGGAUGCUGCGCAUGGCCUGAUAAACUUCGACGAUGUUAUCACCCACGAGACUUCGCUUUCCUAUAUGCUCCAAAU